AUGCAUUUAUCAAGAGUGCCACAUGGGGCCCUUGAUGCAAAAAGGAAAAUGGCAGCCAGGCCCUUCUUUAGUCCGUGGAAAAUCUCUGAUCCAACUCUAUUUCAAAUGACCUUGGUCACUGCUCUGUUGGCUACUGUUCUUGUUGUCAAGUGUGAGCCUCCUCCAGCUAUCAGCAAUGGGAAGCACAACGGUGGAGAUGAAGACUUCUACACGUACGGCUCUUCUGUCACCUACAGCUGUGACCCUGACUUCUCAAUGUUAGGCAAAGCCUCCAUUUCUUGCUCAGUGGAAAAUAAAACAAAAGGUGUCUGGAGUCCAAAGCCUCCUACUUGUAAAAAUAUUGUCUGUAAUCGACCACAGGUUCCAAAUGGAAUCAUUGUCUCUGGAUUUGGAUCCAUAUACAUUUACAAAGACUCUCUUAUGUUUAGCUGCGAGGAAGGUUAUAUCCUCAAGGGCAGCAGUGUAAUCUAUUGUGACGCUGAUAACAAGUGGAAUCCUUCCCCUCCCGUUUAUAGUUGUAUUGGGUUACCACACAUUCCCUAUGCUGUCCUGGAUGGAAGCUACAGGCUAAGAAAUAAGAAAGUGUUUGAAGCUGGGACUGAGGUAAAAUAUCAAUGCAUAACUGGCUAUAGACCUAUUCCAGAUGAACCUCUGAUUGUGACUUGUCAGGAAAAUUUCACCUGGACACCAUCCAAAGGGUGCGAACGUGUAUGCUGCCCAGCACCAGCGCUGAAGACUAUUAGCGUCACAAGUAGAAGGACAGAUUUUCCUGACAGGUGUGAGUAUGCCUAUGAAGACUAUGUUUUAUAUACAUGUGAUAGAGGUUAUGACCCUGUUAUUCCUCAUGGAAGGAGUUCAUGCACAUCAGAUGGCACAUGGAAGCCUGAAAUGCCAGCAUGUAAGCCAGCUGUAUGUAUGAAACCCGAGAUAAAAAAUGGAAAGCUCUCUGAGGAUAAGGAAAAGUAUGUUGUGUUUGAGACCGUCAUCGUCGAGUGUGACUCCGAAUAUGAUUUGUUUGGUCCUGCAAAUAUCACUUGCUCAGAGAACAAAACCUGGCACCCAGAGGUGCCCAAGUGUUGGUGGGAAAACUGUCAUCAUGUAUGUCCCUGUGGUAUGAAACCUUAAAAAUGGUGCCUCGUCCAAAGCACUAUCCCAGGCAGCAAAGGUGAAAUCCUACUUUUGUCAAGAUGCCUAAGUAAUUUACCCAAAUUAUCCCUUUCAACUUGAAGUGCUGUGGUGAGCUGGGAGAGGCAAAUUUUCCUGCUUUGUGGCCAGAGUCAAGAUCACUAGAUUUGGUGGGGUCCCAAUAGUCUUCUGGGACCCCACUGAAUCUCUGUACAUUGAACAACCAAACAACUCUACUGUUUCUGAAGCACCAUCAAUUGUAAUAAAUGGCAAGCUGGAUGAUGAUUAUUGCUACUGAACAUGUGUCAUUUUUGAUCAUGUAGA